AUGCGCCUGUCUAAUUUGUCUCCCCAAUGUUGCGAGUUGGUUAUUAGGAUGUCGGAUUUCUUGGAUUGGCCCGAUUAUCUCUUGACUGCAUUUCUCCUCGCUCUGUAUACAUUCAUAGGGAUAUUUUAUGGCUUCAAAUCCUAUUUUCUUAAAUUUUGGCGCCGUGCAUGCCGUAGAAAAACUGAAGAAACAGGUUCCAAAGACACAAACACGGGUGUCGAUGAAAUGUUUUUGGCUAACAGACAAUUGUCGCUUCUUCCAAUCGUUGGGAGCACGUUGGCCAGUUUUAUGUCGGCAGUGGCACUCAUGGGAAACAAUUCGGAGUUUUACUUAUUCGGCAUCGAAUUUCUGAACUUAAUUUUUGCUUACAUCAUAAGUUUUCCUAUUGCUGCCGAAGUAUACGCUCCCGUACUUUACAAAUUGAAUCUUGCCAGUGGACAUGAGUAUUUGGAGUUGCGAUUUUGUCGCGUCUUACGUUGGCUUGUUACAGUGGCCUUUUGCUUCCAAAUGGUGGUUUACAUUGCUGUGGUCCUCUAUGCACCCGCCUUAGCGUUGAGCAGAGUAACCGGCUUGCCUGUUUCGGCAUCUAUCUUAACCACUGGCAUUCUUGGGACGCUUUACACGGCCAUGGGUGGAAUGAAGGCUGUGGUGUGGACAGACGUUCUUCAGUCAGUCGUCAUGUUCGUCGGUCUGAUUCUGCUCAUGGUUUUCGGUUGUCAACAAGUUGGCGGCAUUGACAAGGUCUGGCGCAUUGCAAAAAAAGGCGAGAGGCUCAAUAUCUUUGACAUUAAUCCGGACCCUUUUGUGCGACACUCAACAUGGACGCUCUCCAUCGGCGGCGCCGGCAUGGUAAUGAGCAUCUUCGCCACCAAUCAGACGCAAGUGCAGCGCUAUCUCGCCUGUAAGGAUCUUAAAACAGCCAAGCGGGCCAUCCAUCUGCAACUCCCAAUAAACGCGGUGCUACUUUCACUACAGGGGAUUAUCGGAUUGAUCGCCUAUGCCGUCUUUGCCACCUGCGAUCCUCGGUUGAGUGGAGAAAUCAGUGAAUACGAUCAGCUCUUCCCGCAUCUUGUGAUGCGCCUCUUUGGCGGUAUCCCUACUCUGAGAGGUCUCUUCCUCUCAACUCUUUUUGCUGCCGCUCUGAGCACUCUCUCAUCGGGUGUUAACGGAAUUGCUUGUGUUCUCGUCGAAGAUGUCCUCAUGGAUGUGUACCUAACUUGCUUCAAAUCCUCCAGUCUUCAUCAGAAAACUUUCAUUUUGAUUGCACGUUGUAUUGCCAUUGCCUUCGGUCUGCUCAUAAUCGGACUGGCCUUUCUUCUACAAGCCGUGCCGGCUGGUGUGCUUCACAUUGCCUUUUCUAUCUUCGGUGCCAUCGGUGGUCCAAUCCUUACUAUAUUCACACUUGGUAUGAUCUGCCCCUUUGUCAACAAAUGGGUAAGCUUGCGGCUUUCCUCCGAAAUGAGGUCCGUUUGGAGGCUUGUCUUCCCCACCAUUAUCCACUUGGCUAAUUAUAAUUUUGCAAGAGACCUCGAACAUCGGACUGGCAUGGAGCUCUUUAAAGGUGACUUUCCUUUUGGUCUCACCAAACUCACUGAUGACCUCCUCAUCUCUUCAUCGCCAUUAUGGGCAGAUUCGUCAUAUAGGGGAGGCUUGACGGGCUUUAUUGCGAGUCUGACUUCUGGCUUGACAAUGAUCGUCGGCUCUCUUUACUUCUCCACCUUCAGGGAGAGUUGGACUCCCCCUCUCUCCAUCGCUGGAUGCCCGACUAAUAUUACCACGUUGGUGGCAGGGACGACGAUACGGAGGGCGGAUCCGCCUUCGUAUCCAUUUUCUUUCUUUAACCUCUCCUACCUCUAUCUUACUCCCUUCUGCCUCCUCGUUGGUUUCGUUGUUGCAGCUAUUGUUAGUCUACUCACUGGAAUGAACUCGAAAUCUCCUGUUAGUCAAUCCCUUCUAGCAUGGCAGGCUGUCUGGCUCUACUCGAAGCUUCCAUCCUGCGUGCCCCAUCAGUCCACACCAGAGAUUGUAACAUCGUUACACGCGGCUAAAAUGUUGGCGGUGAUGGGCAAAAGCGAUUACUUGGACGACUCUGGUGAGGCAGAUUUACAAAAGGUGACCUUUGACUCCGACAACGGUGCAGAUUCGUUGUUUGAGUACAGGUUUUAG